AUGGACACCUCCGAAAAGAGAAAACUCGACAAUGAGGCUGGGCACGAUGAGCCCUCCACGAAGAAAAGGGUGAUCGGCCCCGCGAUGCCCCCACCACAGGCCGCGUCAAAUCCACGCGACGACGGUGAUCGAGCCCCGGCUUCGGAAAGCAACAGUGACAGCGACAGCGACGAUGAUUUCGGGCCUGUUGUCACCACCCACGCGUCCUCGCAAAAAUCCGAGACUCAGACAAAAGACACCCAACGAGAUGAGUGGAUGUUGCAACCGCCGAGUUCAAGUGACUGGGCUUCCAAAAUCGAUCCAACACAGCUACGGAAUCGCAAAUUUCAAACUGGAAAAUCGGCCCGCGCCCCUGGAUCAAAGCAACUAGAUGCGGCUUGGGUUGAAUCGCCAGAGGAGAGAAUGCGACGUCUCCAAGACCAAGUUAUGGGCGUCGGCCCGGCUCCCAAUCGACCUGAACAACGCCCUUCCACCACCAAAGAUGCGGCUCGAGCGAAGGAGAUGGAAGAUCGAAUCAAACAGUACAAUGAAAUCAAAGGGAAGAAUGUACCCCUUGAUAAGGAAAGGAUGUCGCGGAAGGAAGAAGAAGACGAUCCUAGUGCACGUGCCUUUGAUCGCGAAAAGGAUAUGGCUCUGGGGUCCAAGAUCACAGGCAAACAACGGCGCGAGAUUGUCAGUAAAGCCAGUGAUUACGGGUCGCGCUUUUCCAAGGGAAAUUAUCUGUAA